CUCUGAUUGCCUUAAAUCCCUUGCAGUCCCCCAGAGGGGUUGGGGCACAGUCUUACACCUCUGCUAACCUUUGCUCCAGCACUGACUCAGAGCCCACACACCACUUUACGCAAGAGCUGUGCUGGCAGCAGGACUCUGCCCAUUGCCUCCAGCCUGUCCCUGGUCAAAGGGCAGGCACUGUCCCUGCUGUGCAGGGCUCAGUUCUGUGCCAGCAUGGAUUAUGCCAAGUCCCUGAGCCUGCGCCUGGCUGCGCCUGUUUCCAAAUGUGUUUCUGCUAGUGCUUCCAUGACCCAGCAGCUGCUCCUCUCCAGCCCGGCCCCACGGCCCCGACCCUUCCGUGUCUGCAACUGGGACCGCAGCCUACGCAAAGGCAUCAUGGCACACAGCCUGGCAGAGCUGCUGCGCCAGGCUCAGGUUGCCCUGCUGGUCCCCGAACCCAUCAUGCUGGUCCUGGAUGAGGAUGGCACUGUGGUGGAAACAGAGGCUUUCUUCCGCACUCUGGAGGAGGGCACAGUGCUGAUGGCCCUGGGCAAGGGGCAGUCGUGGUCUGCCUGCAAGGCUCCUGGCUACCAGCUGAGCCUGUCCCACAAGCCAUCCCGCCGCAUCGAUGUCGCCUGUGUCACUUUUGACCUGUACAAGACCAACCCGCGGGACCUGGGCUGCCUCAAUGUCAAAGCCACGCUCUAUGGCACCUACAGCAUGUCCUAUGACCUGCGCUGCUACGGGGCCAAACGGCUCAUGAAGGAAGCGCUGCGCUGGAUGCUGUUCAGCAUGCAGGCCACAGGGCAUGUGCUGCUGGGCACCUCCUGCUACAUGCAGCAGCUGCUGGAUGCCACCGAGGAGCCCAAAGAGGAGAGCUGUGUGCCACUGCCCCACGUCCUGCCCCGCAGCCUCCCCCUGCUGCCCCCCAGCAAGAUGCUGAAGUGAGGGGAUGGGCAUGUCCCUUCCUGGGGGGGUCCCAAAGCCCCUCCCUAGGUCAGUACCCAGACUAUACUCCCUGCAUGCUGCUACCUCUGAGAUGCCUGCUGCUCUGUAAAUAUAUUUAUUGAAGUAAAGCUGUGCUUCUUGCAAUGCU